CUAAAAUUACGAUGAAAGUAAAGCUAAUAAAGUUCCAUGUAUGUAUAAAUUUACAUCUGAGGUGUGGUUGAAAACGAUUGAUUUUUCCCAAAAAUAGUUAGAAACAAAGAAAGAGGCCAAUCUCAGGCAAUAUUUGACCAUAGAGAAGAAUUAGAUUCAGAGACGACAUGGCAGAGACGGCAGUAUCCUCUCUUAUCGACAGGCUGCUUCACUUGCUGACCCAAGAAGCAAAACUGUUAGCAGGCAUACAUGGAGAAGUUGCUGACAUCAAAGAUGAACUGGAGAGCAUUCAGUCCUUCCUCAAGGAUGCAGAUGCAAAGGCCGCAGCUGAACAAGACAUUGACGAGGGCGUCAAAACGUGGGUGAAACAAGUAAGAGAAGUAGCUUUCCACAUAGACGUUGCAAUCGAUCAAUACUUGCUUCAGGUGGCAAUACAUGAUCCUCAUCCAAGUGGCUUCCGUGGUACCCUCCAGAAAACCACUCACUUACUCAAAACAAUAAUACCUCGCCACAAGAUCGCAGCUAAGAUUCAAGAGAUCAAGGCAUCAGUUCAGAAAAUCAAUGAGAGAAGUAAAAGAUAUGGCUUCCAAUCCACUGCUCAAGGAUCGUGUUGUGGUGCUCGGAGUAUAAGUUGGAAUAAUGACCCUCGAAAUGAUUCCCUUUAUCUUGACGAUGCAGAUGUUGUAGGAAUUGAAUCUUCUAUAGAUGAAUUGAUUAGCUGGUUGGUAGGAGGAUCUCCUCAUCGUACUGUGGUUUCGGUGGUGGGAAUGGGGGGACUAGGUAAAACCACUCUUACCAAGAAAGUCUAUGACAACCAAAUGCUAAAAGGGUACUUUGACUACCAUGCUUGGAUCUCAGUUUCUCAGUCUUACAAAAUAGAAGAUUUGCUAAGGAGCAUAAUAAAGCAGUUUUGCGAGGGCAGAAAGGAGCUCCCUUUGUCGGGAAUUGAUGCAAUGGAUGAACAAUUGUUGGUCAAUAAAUUGAGAGAUUACUUACCGCAAAAAAGGUAUGUGGUUGUAUUCGAUGAUGUAUGGAAAAUUGAAUUUUGGGAUAGCAUAAAAAAUUCUUUACCUAAUAAUCAUGUAGGUGGUAGAAUUAUUAUCACAACACGUAAUAGUGAGGUUGCUAAUUAUUGUAAAAAAUCUUCACCUGUUUGUGUUUACAAGUUGCAACCACUACCUAGGGACAAGGCAUGGGAGCUCUUUUGCAAAAGGGCUUUCCAAUUUGAUUUUGAAGGACAUUGUCCUGCAAUUUUAGAGAAAUUGUCUCAUGACAUUGUUGAGAAGUGCGGAGGAUUGCCACUUGCAAUUGUUGCUAUAAGUGGUCUUUUGUCAACAAAAGAAAAAACUAUGUUUGAAUGGAAAAACUUGCAUGAUAGCCUUGGCUUUGAGUUUGGAAGAAAUCCACAUCUUUCAAGUGUGAACAAAAUUUUAUCCCUAAGUUUUGAAGACUUGCCUUAUAACCUAAAAUCCUGUUUCUUAUACCUUGGUAUGUAUCCAGAGGAUUACUCCAUUAAUUGUAUAAGAUUGAUUCGACAAUGGAUAGCUGAAGGCUUUGUGAAAGAAAUUGAAGGUAAAACAUUAGAAGAGGUUGCACAAGAAUACUUGAUAGAAUUAAUCCAUAGAAGUUUGGUUCAAGUAUCAGAGGUCAAAAUGGAUGGAAAAGUUAGACGAUGUCGACUCCAUGAUCUUUUGCAUGAGAUUGUCCUCCAAAAGAUGAAGGAUUUGAGUUUUUGUCAUGUACUAUUGAAACAAGAGUCAAGCUUUGAAGGACUAAUUCAACGUAUGUCAGUAAACAAAGUUUCAUAUAAUGUUCUCAAAGGAUUUAAGGACAAAAAAAUUCAUUCACUUUUAUUGUUCAAUCUUGAUGAAUUGCCGAAGUCUUUUAUGAGUCCCUUUUUUUCAGAUUUCAAGUUUUUGAAAGUAAUAGAUUUUGAAGAGGCUCCAUUGGAUCACAUUCCUAAAGAUGUUGGAAGUUUAUUUCACUUAAGGUAUUUAAGUUUGAGAAAUACCAAAGUAAAAAUGCUUCCAAAAUCCAUAGGAAAGUUGCAAAAUUUGGAGACUCUAGAUCUAAAGCAAACCCUAGUGUCUGAAUUACCAAUAGAGAUUAACAGGCUUCAUAAGUUGCGACAUCUUUUAGCCUACUAUCAUGAUUAUGGACUAGAUUUCAGUUUGGCUUCUCAAAAAGGGGGGUUGAUCUAG